CCUUUUUAACAUACAGUAGUUCAACUUCUGGACAUUACUUUGUCGCUCUCCAGCAUAACCUAGAUUCCACCAAUUAGGGAAAGUUUAAGGUAUUAGAGAUUUUGCAGCAAAGAAAUCCAGCGAUGAGUCGUGGAAAUUACAAAAACCCGUGUUUGACUAUGCAUCAGCCAUGGGCUUCGCUUCUGGUCCAUGGUAUUAAGCGCAUCGAAGGCAGGUCCUGGCCUGCGCCGAUUCGAGGUCGUCUAUGGAUUCAUGCUGCUAGUAAAGUUCCUGAUGAAGCUACAAUAAAAGCAAUGGAAGCGUUUUAUCAAGAAAUUUACACUCUUGACGGGAUCACCGAUAUUCAGUUUCCCCAGCAUUACCCAGUUUCUAGACUAAUAGGAUGUGUGGAUGUUGUUGGCUGUGUCAGCUGCGAUGAACUUAAGAACUGGGAGUCUUUAUCUCAAGGGGUGAGGCUUGAAGGACAAACCGAUUUUUGUUGGCUAUGUGAGCAGCCACAGAAACUGAUUAUUCCGUUUGAGAUGCGCGGGUACCAGGGAGUUUAUAACUUAGAAAAUAAGAUUCAUGCCGCAGCAGCGAGAGGUCUUACGCCUUCUCAAACUCCUUUUCCGGUGAAAUUUCCUCUUCCAGACCCAACAUGCACCUUUUCUUUAAAACCGGGUUCUGUUUCCUCUACAACACAAGAGAAGAAAAGACUUAAGACAGAACAACUUACCAGUCUCACAGCUGCAAUUGCGGGCGCACGAGCAGCGGCUACACAAUUUUCGAAGAAGGGAAAAAGCCCCCGAACCAGUGAUACCAGUGCCUACAUAACUAGAAGCAAGAGCAAAGCUACUGAAGACGACGCAGAGCCCCUAUAUAACCCAGUUUGUGGUUCUGACCGUACCACAAAUAUGGAAGAAGGAUGCAGCGGAACCAGCAACAAUGUGGAAGAUCACACAAAAUCGACAGUGAACUACAGUAUGGAAUCUAGUAAAAGAAGUGUAGCCACAAGGAGAGAUGACAGGAACACAAGUGUUGGUGAAAGAAAGUUCGAUCCUGGAACUGCCCGGAUUAUGGCCGCUGCAAUAAGGAACCUGAAGCCAUCGUCUUAAUCUACUGUGACCAAGUAUUGUUACAUAAUUUUUUCAUUAAUAGAACUACAAGAAAAAAAAAAGAUAACUAAAACCACACCUUUUCUUUGAAACGCCCUUAGAUACUACAGAUUCUGAUUGCUCUAUGUAGCUUUGGUUUGGUCUUUGAUUAGUAUUUUAAUAGGAUUGAGGUGGAGUGAUGAAUUGUGGUUAUUGAAUCUGUUUCGAGGCUGUAGUUCUUUGAUGUUGUUGUAUUUUCAAAAUAAUGUUUAUUAUCCCAAUCUUGGCUGUUAUUUGUU